AUGCAAUUGUUGAUAUUCAUAGCGUUUUUAUGGAUCUUAACAGAAGGAAUUGUGCCACCACAAAUCAAGAAACAUUUCCUCAGUCAUCAUCCAGAUCGAGGGACUCUUCCACGAAGACAUCAUCAUCGAACAAAGCCAUCGAGUGAUCCCAGCAGGCAUGGCCCAUUCGGGAAUUUUCUGAGCGGUCGUCACAAAUCAGAAACUUUCAUCUCGACAACGGCACCCGAUCACCACAAGGCUCAUCAACAUCUUGGUCGUUUCGGAAAGCGUGAUGCCGAGGAAAUUCAAAGAAUUGGACAACAUCUGGGACGUCUCCGUGCUCGUCAUUCAGCUGCACAUCCAGCUGCACUUCAUCAACAAAAACAAGAGAAACUUGAGAAAUUGAAAGACAAACUUCUGGAUACUCAUCCUGUUCUUUCGAUUCACGAAAUCAACCAAAAUGCCGGCAUUGAUCAUUUUCUGUUUGAGUCAGAUUUGGCCCUUACCGAGACUCAAGCAAAAGCAUUAGCCGAUGCCCCGAUUGGACAGAAUGGAAAACGAGCCGCCGGUGCAGCGACAGCUCAUCUUUGGGACAAGACGAAACCGAUUCCCUAUACGUUCAAUUCAAGCAUGGAUGAUGAGAGAAUUCACAUCGUGGAAAGAGCUUUGAUUUCAUGGGAAAACGAGACGUGUCUUCGAUUUGAAAAGAAUGCAAUUGGACCGAAUCGCUUGGAAUUCUUUGUCGGUGCUGGUUGUUACUCAUCAGUUGGUCGAAUUGAUCAAUGGGAAAAGCAACCAAUAUCUCUCGGAGAUGGAUGUCAAAUGGUUGGAAUCGCAUCUCAUGAAAUAAUGCAUUCAUUGGGUGUUUAUCAUACACAUGGAAGGACUGAUCGUGAUGCCAAUAUCAUUGUCAAUUCAAACAGCGUUCAGUCACAAAUGCUUGGGAAUUUCUUGAAAUUAACGAUAAAAGAAAAUGAUAAUAAAGGCAUUGGAUUUGAUUAUGGAAGUAUUAUGCAUUAUGGAUCAUAUUACUUUUGGAAUGGUAAAGAUUCUGCAACAAUUGUGGCUGAAGAUGUUCGCUAUCAAAACACAAUUGGGAAUCGUCGAGAGAUUCAGUUUUCCGAUUCAAAAAUGAUCAACUCAAUCUACAAAUGCAAUGAACAUUGCACAAAACACAUAAACUGCUGGAAUUCGGGUUACAUUGAUCCAAAGGAUUGCACUCGUUGCAAAUGUCCGUCAUUUUUCAAGGGGAAAUUCUGUGAGAUGAGUCAAGUGAUCACUCAUAUAAAGCAUGAUGAAAUGAAGACGAUAAAAUUAGCGGCAGAAGAGAUUCCAUCGAAUCAUCAAUUCACAACAGAUAACGUCGAUUAUGAUGAUUUCACGAAAAGUGUUCCUGAAGUGAUUCAAUCAGAUGAAGGACAUCGGCUUACACUGAGAAUCGUCGAUUUCCCGACAACACCCUUGAAAUGCUAUGCUGCUUGUCGAUAUGCUGGGAUUGAAAUCGUUGAUGGUGAUUUUGAGAAAAGUGGAAUUGUGAUAUGUUGUUCAAAAGAGAAAAACUCAACGUUUCACUCGAAAACGAAUCGUGUCGGAAUCAGAGCAUGGGCGGCUCCCGGUAUUCCUCUUCAGUAUAUUAUCAAAGCUGAAGCUGAUAAAGUG